UUUUAGUUGGGUUUAUUCCAAGUGAACAUGAAACUAUGAGGGGAAGGCGGAAAGAAAGAUCCCAUGGGGACCUUCAAAUUAAAUUGACCCUAUCAACUAACCCAUUACUAAAUGAUCCCUCAAUUUUGUAUUUGUAAUUGACAGAAAGGGGACAUCUCCAUCGCUUACGAAAAUCAACUUCAUUCGCAACUUCUCCCACCAAUUGGUCUCAAGCUCCUAUCUCCUUUUGCUUCAAUUCAAAUCAUAUGCUAAGUCCCCCCUUCCUGUGACGCGUACUCACAACAGAACUGAAUUGGAAGACAAUGCAAUACUAGGUUUGCUUUGUCCUGUGCAUGAUUUCUUUGCGAGACAAAGCACGGCUGAUGAUGAAUAUAUAUUGCUUUGGAAGGAAUCUAGUCACUACUGCUGCAUCCUAUUUACCUCCUGUUCAACUCCCAACACAAAGGGAAGUGCAUUUUUGGUAUAUUUUACCUGAUGAGGUAAAGAGCACAACCCUAUUGAACCGAUAUUUAGAAAUUCUAUCACCUUGUGAGAAAGAAAAUAUAUUUCGCAUGCGUGGGGAACAACUGAGAAAAGGAGCACUCCUGGCCCGUGCAUUGGUUCGCACUACAUUGGCAAGAUAUCAGACGAAUUUUCAAAUUGAUCCAAAAUCCUUAAAGUUUAUGAAGAACAAUUAUGGCAAGCCUGAGUUGGACUGGCAAUAUGCUGAUGAUUGGAGCCUACCGCAUCUGCAUUUUAAUAUCUCACACACUUCUUCUUUGAUAGCUUGUGGAGUGACUGUGGGUUCACCUAUUGGUAUUGAUGUGGAAGAGAAACAAAGGAGGUUAAAGAAUGAUAUUUUAGCCUUUGCACAACGAUUCUUUUCUCCCCAUGAAAUAGAAAUGCUGACUCACAUUGCAGACCCUGAACUUCGGCUUCAGGAGUUUAUUAAAUUAUGGACUCUGAAGGAGUCUUAUGUGAAAGCAAUAGGGAGGGGCUUCUCAGCCUCACCUUUUAAGACUUUCACUAUUCGAUUAAGAGACCACCAUGUGAAAGGAGACAUCCAUGCUCCACCUCUUAUAACUUCUAAGGCACCUGAUAUUACUGUUGUUGAGGCUUCUGAUGACGUGAAGAAUCCGUCGAACAAUUGGCAGUUUGUGCUUCUUGAGUUAGCUGGUUCUCACUACGCUGCCAUUUGUAUAGAACAGAACAGCGUCAAUACAGGAAAUGGACGUAUUCCAAUAAACCUGACCCUAAGGAAAACAAUACCAUACGUGGAGGAUGAAUGUAUUUCUGCAACAGACAGUGCUGUAGUGAUUGGUGGCUUGACUAGACUGUCAGAUUAGUGAUUCUGUGAUGAAAUGGAAAUUUCGGCCUUCUUUUAGCGUUUUGGAACAAAUGGUUCCAAUCUAUUUUAAUGCUUCAUUUGUGUUCUUGUUGCCUAGAAUUCGUCCUCUUGAGGUGUGCUGCCAUAUUGCACACCCGAUUUCGUGGUCUCUACUUUUAGUUGUGUAACUCUAGUCAACAAAGUUGCAUAUUGCAAUCCAUGACAAAUUUAUUUAUUUAUAUAUGGAAAUGUAUGAAAAUUGAUAUUGAUAUGACAAAUUUAUUUAUUUUACCGUAGGCAGCUGA